CCCGGGCCUGAAAACUCACCCGUGUUCCAAGCGAUCGAAUGUCCCCGACUUAAUAAUUCAAAACCACAUAUUCAGGCAGUAAGUUCAUCUAAAUUUCAGUAGACCAUGUCCGGCCAACUGUUGAAACUUUCUGCUUCGGGUCGGCAGUCAAGUACCACCAGCUGUCACACAAAUCGCAAGAUACUCCAGCUCAUGAAAUCCUGGUGGUAUCGCAGGCGCUUCGAUGGGUUCGAGAAAAAGGAGAUCCCGGCACGUCAGCAAUUUCCGAGGAUCCGACGGAGUCGCUAUCCGGACGCAAAGGAAAAUCCGUUCCGUAGAAGUCCCGAUUGUCUGCCAGGAAGGGGAGAGGUCCUCGUGCCCACACGCAUUCAACCGCCGCGGAAUUCAAUGUGUUUAUCGUUAAUACGAUUCUUUGGAAGCUCCGCUUUUGAUGGGGGAUCCGGUGAACCACCGGAAGAUCGGGAGGGCAAGCUGAUUAAGUUCCCUGUGAGAUCUCGUUCAGAAACACUUCAAAAGGGAAAGUUGGAUAUCUCGAAAACAGAACCGCUUGCCUUUGGCACAGAUACUUCUUCCGGGAAGGAAUCAUCUCAGUCAAGUCGUUUACCGGGACUGUCAGAAAAGUCUACGAUUAAGGAGUUAACUCCAACCCAAACACCAAAGGCUUUGGAUCAAUCGGGAAAAGACGGGGAAGACGAUGAGCUCGAAAGUGUUUUACUCAAAUCCAUCACGGAGUCUAUCAACGCAUUUGAUGAAUCGAAUGAACCUAGGAAAUCGAAUGAUCCCCUAGGAAUUCAAUCCCAGCCACCGGCACGUAGCCAAAGUGGAAGUAAACCACCAAGCAAACCUCCUUCAGGACCUAAAAACCCUUCAAAGCCGCCGACAAUUGGAAAGCAUCAUCCAUUAAGCGUGAACAAUGCCGGAGCGGGAGCUAAACCUCCUAUAAAAACAGCAUCUGGAGCGGGAAGUAAGCCACCUGGCAAACCUCCUACAGGAAGUAAACCUCCCAGUAAACCGCCUACUGCCAGUACAACGCCCACAGGAAGUAAACCGCCUACUGGAAGUAAACCUCCCACAGGAAGUGAGCCUCCCAGUAAACCUCCCACAGGAAGUAGGCCCCCCAGUAAACCGCCAGCAGGACCCAAGCCACCAACGGGCGGAGCUGGAGGCAAGUCUGGAAAGGAUGCAGGUGGAACAAGAGUCAUAACCCUAAUGCCUGGCGAUGGCAUUGGGCCGGAGAUCUCGAUGGCGGUGAUCAAGGUGCUGGAGGCCGUGAAGGCACCUCUAAUCUUCGAGCCCGUGGACGUGACGCCGGUGACCAAUGCCCAGGGCCACACCACAGUGCCCGACCAGGUGAUCGAGAGCAUGAACCGGACGAAGGUGGGUCUGAAGGGUCCCCUGAUGACCCCGGUGGGCACUGGCUUCCGCUCGCUAAAUCUCACCCUGCGCCAGCUGUUCAACCUGUACGCCAACAUCCGACCUUGCAAAUCGCUACCUGGUGUGGAGACCAUUUACGGCGACGUGGACAUAGUUACGAUCCGGGAGAACACCGAGGGCGAGUACUCGGGCAUCGAGCACACCCUGGUCAACGGGGUCGUCCAGAGCAUCAAGCUGAUCACGCGGCCGGCCUCGCUCCGGGUGGCCGAGUAUGCUUUCCAGUAUGCCCUGGACAUGAAGCGGAAGAAGGUUACGGCCGUGGCCGAGUCCCAGGCCAUGCGAAUGUCCGACGGAUUGUUCCUGACAUGCGUCCGCGAAAUGGCCGCCAAAUACAAGAGCAAGAUGGACAAGGCGGGCAUUGUCUACGAGGAGUCGACGAUGACCACCCUCUGCCUGAACAUUGUCCAGGAUCCCAGGCGAUACGACUUGCUGGUGCUGCCCAAUCUGUAUGGCGAUAUCAUCUCGGACACUUGUGCCGGAUUGAUUGGCGGACUGGGUCUGACGCCCUCGGGCAAUGUGGGCACCAAUGGCGCCAUUUUCGAGUCGGUGCACGGAACUGCUCCGGAUAUAGCUGGAAAGGAUCUGGCCAAUCCCACGGCCCUGCUGCUGUCUACUGUGAUGAUGCUGCACUACAUCGGAAUGCACGAGCACGCGGACAACAUAGAGCAGGCUGUGCUGAAGACCAUCAAAGAGGACAACAUCCGCACCAUGGACUUGGGCGGCAAGGCCAAGUGCUCCGAGUACACCAAUGCGCUGAUCAACAACCUCAAGUGACCCGAUUUGAUUCUAUUGAACUUAUACUUAUGUCAUUGUUAAACUUGAUUAGAGCUCAAAUUGUCUUUUGAAUGCCCCCGAGGUAUUUUGUUAACAACUAAUUAAGAAUUACUUGCAAACUUUU